AUGACACAGAACCUUUCAAGAUGCGAAGAAUUUGUUGCUGAUGAUGUCACUCAUGUAUCUUCUAAUAAGACUCGCCCCAUGCUAAUUAAAGAAUAUAGAAAUGUUGGCCAUGGGGUAUUUGGCACUGUUGUACAAGCUUAUUUCACUCCUGAUAGAGAAUUAUGGUAUGGACCCUUUGCAGUUAAAAGAGUUCUUGCACAAACUGAAUAUAAAUCAAGGGAAUUGGAUGUUUUAAAAUUAAUUAAUAAUCAUCCAAAUUUGAUUAAAUUGAAAUAUUAUUUCACUCAUGUCUCUGUAUCAGAUAAUAAAUUGUACCAAUACUUAGCCAUGGAAUAUUUACCUGGAACUUUACAAAUGGAAAUUAAUAGAUAUUCUUCUAAUCACUUGACACUUCCGUUAAGACAUAUUCAAUUGUAUUCAUAUCAAUUAGCUAGAGCAAUGAUGUAUUUGCAUUCAUUAGGAAUUUGUCAUAGAGAUAUCAAACCAUCGAAUAUCUUAAUUGACUCAACAACUGGUGUUUUAAAGAUUUGUGAUUUUGGUUCAGCAAAGAGACUAGAACCAAAUUGUCCAUCAAUCAGUUAUAUAUGCUCAAGAUUCUAUAGGCCUCCCGAGUUAAUCAUUGGUUCAACAAAUUAUACCACUCAAAUCGAUAUAUGGUCACUUGGUUGUGUAAUCGGUGAAAUGAUUUUAAAUAAACCUUUAUUCCAAGGUCAAGAGCCUUUAUUACAAUUUAAAGAAAUUACAAAAUUAUUGGGACCACCAGAUAAAAGAUUUAUCUUCAAAUCCAACUCUGCAUAUGAUGGACCAUUAUUUUCAAAACCAAUGUUCCAAGGAUCAGUUGAAUCAAGAUUCAGAUCAAUUUUUAAAAAUUCAGUUAGUCCUGAUGGAAUUGAUCUAUUAACAAAAGUUUUAGUUUAUGAACCAAAACAAAGAUUAUUACCCAAAUAUAUUUUGGCUCAUGAUUUUUUUAAUGAUUUAAGAUCAAAUAAUAAAUUUAUACCAAGAGGUCAAACUGAUUUACAUAAUUUACCAAAAUUAUUUGAUUUUAGUGAACCAGAACUAAGAAUCAUUGGUAAUGAAUUAUUGGAAAAAAUACUACCGAAUACGAAAUCAAUUAUGAAAUCUCCUGCUAGGAGUAUUAAAAGACAAUCAAGGGAAUUAUACGAAACCACUAGUGGUAACAUUAAUACUACGCCUGUUAUUAUUAAAAGUAAUACUCAUAUUCAAUCUCCAAAAAUAAUUCAAUAA